AUGUCCAUAUAUGAUCUUAUCGCGCGCGUAGAGCUCUCUAUGGACCAGGGUGCUUGGAAACCUGCAGGUGCCCCGCUGGCUCAUGAAACCACAUUUUCCCUCUUUAUACCACUCCACUCUCGCCUAGGCAUCUUUCUUCGACCUUUGAGUUCCAUGGCUCAGACAACCCAAAGCCCCACAACUACUUGUGCCGAGUAUAUCGCCCUCACAUCCUUCUUUCACCAGGUCCCUACUCCAGUCGUUCGAAAUGCAAAUCACUUGCCAACCAGCCAAGAAUACGUUCUUGCCUUCCUGGCAAAAACGAAGGAUGGGUGGGAUCAUAUCCCGGCAGUCUGUGUUGAACAGGACUCAUCUGGGACAACUUUAAAGGUCAUCCUAGCCAUCAACAAGAGAACCUACGCUGAUGGGGAUGGCAUUCUACGAAACUUGAAAUCAAGCUUUGAACAAGUAUUUCAAAUACUUCAUGAUUCAGAUUACGGUUAG